AUGGAAAAUUUCAAGACAUCACAAUAUAACAGUGUUCAACAAGAAAAUCAACUUUAUACAUUACCUCAGUUAUUGAAUACAAAACAACCAUAUAAAGAAUUUCGAAAUUUAUAUGAUCCUGAUCUGGAUGUAGUUGAAAAUGAAAUGAUUCGAAAAAUUCAAGGCUCUCUCGUUGGUUUAGCCGUAGGUGAUGCUCUUGGAGCAUCAGUAGAAUUUCGUUCAUAUGAAUAUUUGCAACAACAUCCUGUAAGAGAUAUGCAAUACGGUGGUACAUGGGGAUUACAAGCAGGGCAAUGGACGGAUGACACAUCGAUGGCGCUUUGUUUAGCAGCUAGUCUUAUAAUUAAAGGCAAAUCUGAUGUUUACGAUCAAUUUACACGCUAUAAACGUUGGUAUAGAAAUGGUUAUAUGUCUUCAACAGGCAAAUGUUUUGAUAUUGGAAAUUCUACACGUCAAGCAAUUACAGAUUUUGAAAAUCGACAACGUCUAAUUAGUGGUAAAAUGAUGGAACGAAAUAUAUCUAACAACAACAAUAUUUUUCCUCCUACUGAUGAUAUGAUAGCAUUUUAUUUUGAUCAGUUUGGUGUUGAUGCUAAAUGUGGAUUAUCUGAUGCUGCUGGUAAUGGAUCUCUUAUGCGUUUAACACCAAUACCAUCAUUUUUCUUUCAAUCAUAUGAGAACGUUAAACAAUAUCUUGAUGAUACUACAAAACUUACACAUGGUGAUCAACGAGCAAUUGAUGCUUGUCAGUUUUAUGCUGGUCUUAUUUGGUAUGCUUUAAAUGGUAUGUCGAAGAAAAAACUUUUAGAUCCAGAUUUUUAUCGAGAUUAUUUAAAUUUAUCAUUACAUAAAGAUGUUCUAAGAAUUGCUCGAGGUUCAUAUAAGAAAAAGAAAGGAUAUGAAAAUGGUAUUCGUGGUACAGGUUAUGUAAUACAUUCACUUGAAGCUGCUUUAUGGGCAUUUUAUAAUGAUGAAAAUUCAUUUGAAAAAGGUGUUCUUGAUGCUGUUAAUCUAGGCGAUGAUACAGAUACAACAGCAGCCAUUUAUGGACAACUUGCUGGUGCUAUGUAUGGUAUUGAAUCUAUUCCUGAUCGUUGGGUUAGACAAUUGUUCGAAGAUCAAUUUAUUAUGACUAUAGCAAAGGGUUUAUAUAUCAAAGGAAAACAAUUUAAUAAUGGACAAUAUAAAUCAGCUUGGUUAGAUGGAGAUGAACAACAAUAUUAUCAGGCUAAUAUAAAUAAUUUACAAUGGAAUGAACGAAAGUCAAAUGAAGGAUCUACAACAUCUUCUGAUCGAGAUACAAACAAAUACAAAGCAUCCUAUAAUUACCACGAUACAAGCUCGAAUUCUUCAUCUCGUCAUCAUCGAUCCGUCAAUCGAGAUAGUACAUUUCAUCGUGGACAACAAGCACGCGCGAAUAAUACACUUCGUAAAGCACAAUCUGCACAUACUAAUAGAUCGCAUCGUCAUCAAUUCGUAAACUCAAAAAGAGCAUCACGUCGAAAUGGUUAUGAGAAAGUAAUUACUAUAUCACAAACUAAACAGCGCGAUAAAGUGAUAACGGAACAAUAA